CCCCACCUCCUCCCCCUCGUCCCCUAUACUCCGCUUCUCCCUUUGCAGUGAUUGUCACACUUUGUUUACUACGGCUUGAAAUGUGACUCACAACAGAGGCUGUCUGCUGGAGGACCGCUCUGACAAAGCGAAGGAUUUCUUUUCUUGACGCGCGCCGUGCGUCUUGAUUAUUUUUUUGGAGGGGACACAGGUUUGUGGAGACUAACCCUUCUGCCAUGUCAGUGGAUUUGUUUGCGCUUUUAUCCGCCCUGGUCAUCACAUCCUCUGCGAUGGAAGAAACCUUGAUGGACACUCGGGUGGCCACAGCAGAACUGGGCUGGACGGCGUAUCCCAACUCUGGGUGGGAGGAGGUGAGUGGCUAUGAUGAAAACCUCAACACUAUCAGGACCUACCAAGUCUGCAAUGUAUUCGAGCCCAGCCAAAACAACUGGCUCCUCACCACCUUUAUUGAUCGCCGUGGUGCGCAGCGCAUCUAUGUGGAGAUAAGAUUCACUGUACGUGACUGCAGCUCCAUUCCAAAUGUCCCUGGCUCCUGCAAAGAGACGUUUAAUCUCUACUACUAUGAAACUGAUUCUGUCAUUGCCACCAAAGGAACAGCCUUCUGGAUGGAGGCCCCCUACCUCAAGGUGGACACUAUUGCUGCAGAUGAAAGUUUCUCUCAGGUGGACUUUGGCGGGCGCCUAAUGAAGGUCAACACAGAAGUGCGCAGCUUUGGCCCGCUUUCUAAAAACGGCUUCUACUUGGCCUUUCAGGACUACGGCGCCUGCAUGUCUCUGCUGUCCGUCAGGGUGUUUUUUAAGAAGUGCCCGAGUGUGGUCCAAAACUUUGCAAUCUUUCCAGAGACCAUGACAGGGGCAGAAAGCACCUCCCUUGUCAUUGCCAGAGGAAUCUGCAUCCCAAACUCAGAAGAAGUAGAUGUCCCGAUAAAGCUCUACUGUAAUGGAGAUGGAGAGUGGAUGGUUCCCAUUGGUAGCUGCACAUGCAAGGCCGGCUUUGAACCUGACAAUGGCAACGUUUGUCGUGCAUGCCCACCAGGUACCUUCAAAUCAACCCAAGGUCCAGGUCUUUGUCUGCAGUGCCCUUCCAACAGCCGAUCCACAGCUGAGGCUGCCACAAUCUGUGUUUGCCGCAACGGCUACUACCGUGGCGACGCUGAUCAGCCGGAUGAACCUUGCACCAGUGUUCCAUCCAGCCCAAGGAAUGUGAUCUCUAUUGUGAAUGAGACCUCAGUGAUUUUGGAGUGGCAUUCUCCCAGGGAAACUGGUGGCCGGGAUGAUGUUGUCUACAACAUAGUGUGCAAGAAGUGCCGAGCUGACCGACGCUCCUGUUCCCACUGCGAUGACAACGUGGACUUUGUUCCUCGACAGCUGGGUCUGACAGAGACCAGGGUCUUCAUCAGUAACCUGUUGGCUCACACUCUCUAUAGCUUUGAGAUACAAGCUGUCAACGGUGUCAGCAACAAGAGCCCAUACCCAGCACAGCAUGUUACCAUAGACAUCACCACCAACCAGGCUGCCCCAUCAAUUGUUCCCAUUAUGCACCAGAUCAGCUCAACCAUGAACAGCUUCACACUAUCAUGGCCUCAACCAGAACAACCCAAUGGCAUCAUCCUUGACUAUGAGCUCCGCUACUAUGAGAAGGACCAUGCAGAGAUCAACUCGACUGUUCUGCGAAGCCAAACCAACACUGCACGUGUGGAGGCCCUCAGGCCGGGUACAGUUUACGUGGUACAGGUGCGGGCACGGACUGUGGCCGGCUUUGGCAAAUACAGCAGCAAGAUGUGCUUCCAAACCCUCACAGAUGAUGACUUCAAGUCUGAGCUGAGGGAACAACUUCCUCUGAUUGCGGGGUCAGCAGCUGCUGGAGUGGUCUUUAUUGUUUCGCUUAUUGCUAUCUCCAUCGUGUGCAGCAGGAAAAGAGCAUACAGCAAGGAGGCGGUGUACAGUGACAAGCUGCAACAUUACAGCACAGGAAGAGAACUCUCUUUGCGAGCCGACAUGUCUAACUGCCCCUCCCCACUGGGCUGCCCGACCCACUUCUCAGGCUCUCCGGGAAUGAAGAUCUACAUUGACCCCUUCACUUACGAAGACCCUAACGAGGCAGUGCGAGAAUUUGCCAAGGAGAUCGAUGUCUCCACUGUCAAGAUUGAGGAGGUCAUCGGUGCAGGAGAAUUUGGAGAAGUGUACAAGGGUCGUUUGAGGCUACCUGGUAAGAGGGAAAUUUAUGUGGCCAUCAAGACCCUGAAGGCUGGCUACGUGGAGAAGCAGAGGCGAGACUUCCUGUCCGAAGCCUCCAUCAUGGGCCAGUUUGACCACCCUAACAUUAUCCGUCUGGAGGGUGUCGUCACAAAAAGCCGUCCAGUCAUGAUCGUCACAGAGUUUAUGGAGAACGGUGCCCUUGACUCGUUCCUUAGGCAAAACGAUGGUCAGUUUACGGUAAUCCAGUUGGUGGGAAUGCUUCGUGGGAUAUCAGCAGGGAUGAAAUACCUCUCAGAAAUGAAUUAUGUCCAUCGUGACCUGGCUGCACGAAACAUCCUUGUCAACAGCAACUUGGUAUGCAAAGUUUCCGACUUUGGCCUGUCACGCUAUCUGCAGGAAGACACGUCAGAUCCCAGCUACACAAGCUCUCUGGGUGGGAAGAUCCCAGUAAGGUGGACAGCUCCAGAGGCCAUCGCUUAUCGAAAGUUCACCUCAGCCAGCGAUGUGUGGAGUUACGGUAUUGUCAUGUGGGAGGUGAUGUCAUUUGGAGAGAGGCCUUACUGGGACAUGUCCAACCAGGAUGUGAUCAAUGCUAUUGAACAAGACUACCGUUUGCCCCCACCUAUGGACUGCCCCAGCGCCUUACACCAAUUGAUGCUGGACUGCUGGCAGAAAGACCGCAACGUACGACCUCGCUUUGCAGACAUUGUCAGCACCCUCGACAAAAUGAUCCGUAACCCCACCAGCCUAAAAGCUGUAGCCAACAUCCCUGCUGUGCCUUCUCAGCCACUGUUGGACAGAUCCAUACCCGACUUCAACACCUUCAGUUCGGUAGAGGAUUGGCUUGCUGCCAUCAAGAUGAGCCAGUACAGAGACAACUUCCUCAACUCAGGCUUUACCUCACUGCAGCUUGUGGCUCAGAUGACCUCAGAAGAUCUGCUUAGAAUAGGAGUGACCUUGGCAGGCCACCAGAAGAAGAUUCUCAGUAAUAUCCAGUCAAUGAGGGUGCAGAUAAGCCAGUCACCCACAACGAUGGCAUGACUGCAGGGGGCGCUGUGCCACGGAACGGGCAGCAUUCGGAUGGCCAACAACAGCAGCCCCCGAAUGACCCCCGAUCCAUCGGAACGCGCCAGAGUCGAGACUAUCGUCCUAAUCUAAACCCUUACCAUGGCUACAGGAAACCAGGGUUUGUGCUACCACAUAGAAAACAGUUGUCACACCUCAUGCAAUCCAACACAUGCAUUCAGGGUCCAUGCCUGGCACUUUUUUCUCUAUUCAUCACAAAAGGAAGACAAAGACCAAUCUAGUGGUUACCAUCUACAUUUGUGUCAUUGUAAACCAAACGUCUCCUAUAAUCAGACAUCAGCACAGGGAACAACUCACAAAUUCUGCCGUUGUGGUAAGACAGUUGAUAUUGUGCUUCUAUAUUACCCGAACUAAAACACGUUACAAUUGUAGACACAAAUGGGAGACAUUUAGAAACUGUGAACUGUGGUUUUUACCCUUACCAUUGUUAGUGUGCAAGAUGAAGAUGCCUUGACCUGGCAGGAAAGAAGAUGCAGACAAAGAAGCAACUACAAGGAGACCUAACUAGAUGAAGAUGUAUACAGGGAUGUACAGUGGAGCACCAAUUUCAACUUUUUCAUUUUUUUUGCUUGUUUAAAGAUUUGUAUUAUUGUAUUAUAAAUGAACAAAUUCAGAGCUUAGUAAUAUUUUUGUCUUUUACCAUCUGUUUUCUUGUGUUGCCACUAUAGCAAGAUGCUGCCCACUUGUCUCUUAACUUAAACACUACCUGUGGAGGUCCGGUUGGAAGGCCUUAUGUAAAGGGCUUUUUAACCAUCUCCACCAAGAGAAUAUAAAUAUGUUUAUCUCUUGCUAAAUAUGAUUAUAUCGUUCAUAAUAAACCUUCAUAUUGAAGGUGUUACAUAUGAAUAUGUAUGUACAGAACUCUCUGCUUGCAUUUUUGGCAAAGAUAUGUUGACUAGAUUGUGAUAGACACAUGCAAUGUGUAGUUUCCUGUAAAUCCCUGGUUUCCUCAUAGCUGAACAACGGACAAUUGGUUGAACAUCUUCAUGUUCAAGUGGCUCCCUGAUGACUUUUCUGACUGAAUCCUAACUGAUGAAAAUGUAAAUUGAACAUGGGUAAAGAACUGUUAUUGUAGAGCUGUAUGAAAAUUGUUGUAGGAGUAAAAAUAUUGGGAUAAAAAUAUUUUACUGGAGAUCAUGUUAAAUGUGGGUGUACACAUGCCGUCUUUUGCUGGUGAGCACUUACAUGUACAGAUAUGUUUUAUGUUCCAUUUGCGUUUUUAUAUAUUGCUUGUGUUGGGACUGGUCAACAGGGUUUAAUGCUAAAUUAAGGAUUGUGGCUUGGCUGACCCAAACUCAUAAUAAGCAGCUGCUGAUCAUAGAAAACAGUAAAACAUACAUAUACAUUUGCAAUAAAUUACCCUGGCAGUGUUUUUUUUUUUUUACCUUGAUUCUCAAGACACACUGCCCAGCACGUUUUAGAUGGUUCCCUGCUUCAACACACCUGAUUUUAAUUAAUGGUUGACCAACAGGCUUGAGCUGAACUGCAAUCAUCGGAAUCAGGUGUUUUGAAGUGGCGUCACUUCUACAACAUGCAGAGCAGUGUGCGUUGAGGACCAGGGUUGAAAAACACUGCUCUGUGUCUAGAGUUUUAUUUUGGGGUAAAUUCUAAGUGAUGUAAAUAUCUUAGCUGAGGCGAGACUUUCUGCAAAUUUGAAAUGCAUGAGGGAGCAGCUAAUCAAGGCAUUGGAAAUCAGGAUGAAUCAGCGUCCCUUCCUUUCACAGUGAAAAUUAACAUCUGGGCUGAGGUUUGCCGACAGGCACCCAGUGCCAUUUCAAUGAAUACAGUCUUAAACAGCCCUCAAGAGCACACUGCUCACAAUAAAACAGGACCUCAUAGAUGCUGCUGUAUUUAGGCUGCUGGGUCUAUCUACGCAACCUCACUGUAUGUAUUGUAGAUAGUGCUCUGUUAAACUGCUCUGUUUUACAUAAUCACAAAGACUAAGCUACAUCAUUCAUAAGGACGUACUGAAAACUGCAUAUAAAAUUACUCCUCACCUUUAUAUUUUUUAGUCUAGUGUGGGUGAUUUUUUUAAUGCAGUUUGAUCAGGUACUAUGAUGUUUUAUAACAAAAGUCUUAAUGCUUAAUAUUGUACAACAUACAUUCACCCUUAACUGGCUACCCUUAACAUGGGUAUUAUUGGCAUAAUACUUCUUAUUUAGUCAUUAUUAAACAAUUAAUAUUUGAUAUUGUGAAUCGACAUUUUUUAAGAGUUUUCUCAAUUGUUUCACGUUGCAAUCCAUCACUUCCAUGAGUUUUAUUCAACAAGUGAAAAGUGCUUAAUAAUGACUAAUUAACACGGAAUAUGCAACAAAGAUGUAUGCUAAUAGAGAUCUAGAUCAUGAAUCAUUUGUAUACCGUAAUAUUGUGUUGCCAAAACUUUGGCUGGUGACUGGUACUGGGUUAUUUGAGCUGUGUGAUAGCAAAAUACCAUUUAUAUUAUUUAGCAAAUUAACUACAUCCAAUCCUCUCACAGUUAUAGUCUGUUUCUUCUCCUUUUUCAGUCGUGCGCUCUCUUUCAGGCCACUCUAGUUUGCUGGCCAGCCUCCAGAUCAUUUAUCCUUGGUUUAACCAAGCUGUCCAAGGCACUGUCUGGGGCUUAGCUAGGCCAUUGCUGGCCAAAGAAAUAGUUGGCUCCAUGCUUCAGUGGGCCCAGGCAGGGUGCAAACACCUGCUAGGACCCCUGUCUGACAGGCAUCUGAUCAGCAAUGGGGGAGGGAGACUGAUGGGGCCAUUUAAAUGGAGAAAAACACACAGAAACAGUAACCCCUCUUAAUGUGGUUCUAGAAUAUGCUCCUAAAUUUUGUGUUUUUUGAGAUAAAACAUGACAAAUCGUGUGCAAAAACGGUAGAAAGAGGCUGAGAGGCUGUUGAGAGGAAGGCCAGUUUGCAUGACAUUAAAGAGGAGGAAUAGAUUAAUUCAGAAUGUGUCUUAGCUGAAACUGUGGUUUAUGCUGCAAUAUCCCUUUUAAUAUGUAAAUGCUAAUUUCUUUGGUUAGGUUUGGGAAUGAAAAGUAUUGUAAUUAAGCAACUGUAUUGCCCUUUGGACAAAAUCAAUUGCAUUUUGUUUUAACUCGCUAAGUCAUUAAUUUACUAACUAAAUAUAAUAACAUGUUCCUUAAUACAGGCUUAGAUACCUCCUACUAAAACCCAUUUCAUCAAUUUGAAUGUAUUAGUUCUCUAUUCAGCUCAGUCAUGUGUGUUUGCUUUUCAGCCCAUACUCUUGUGAAUGAGAUGGUGAAUGUAUUCAUUAUCUAACUGUGCAAUUGUUUUAGCCUCAUUUGCUCUGUUUGUCUUAUGAAAUAUCUAACUGUAUAGUGACACUUCAGUGUGAUGAAUGGAGAGAUGGUUUGCAGUCCCUCUAUGAAAGGAGGUUUCUACAGAAGCUAUUCCGCACAUACUGAUAUAAAACACAAGAGGAAAGCUAGUUAAGCAUUUCAUGGUGGCGUAACUGCUUGAAGAGUGGCCAGAUACCCGUUUAGUUACUGGAAUCAUGCCUCGCUUUUAUAUUUCAACCAUAUACACCUGAAAAUGGCCCGACAUGACUUUCAGCAAAGGAUAUGCUCACUUCAUCAUUGUUUCACCUUCUGUUUCAGUCUGGCUUCUCAAAGAUUUACACACAAAUAAAACACAGUACUUCACAUCCAUGCAGAUGCAUCCAAACACUGUGAGUAUAUGAAAAAGAAGAGUUUAUGUGGUCAGCCAGGGAGGAGGAAGACCAAAUGAAAUUGACCUUUUCCCAAAUAUAGUUGCAAUCUCUCUCUUUGGUACAGAUUUAAUGAGAGAAGGGAUUGUGAGUGCACAUGUCAUUAUUUUUUCAUUUCUGUGAGGGACAGUGGGUGUGUGUAUUGUGCAAAUCAAACACAGUUAUGUGUACAGAUGUUGUGUGCACAGGUACAAUGUUGAUGAGUAUGAAUGAACGUUUUCCUAUUUUUUCUUUCAUCUGUUUCUGUAUAUCUGCCACGUGUAAAUUGUGAAAAGUAUGUGUCAAAAGUUUGUAAGAUGUAACUUUCUGAGAACAAUUGUACUAAAAUGCACUUAAUAAACACCUUGGAAAACAA